AUGGCCCCCUCUAUUGCUGAAAUCCCCACAGCCAACGUAGUUGUGCCUGUCAAAGAUACCCCAGCAGCAGCGGAGAACAAGCCCAAAAUACGACGGGUUAUUGAGGAAGAAGGCGGCACGACAACUGCCAGUUAUCCGCACUAUCUUCCUACCUGGAACCAUGGCGAGAAGUACGAGCCGCUUCAGCCCUUCGAUCACUACGACCACGGGAAAGACGCCGACCCAUCAUUCAAGGACCUUUUGACCGAAGGCUCCAGAAUCCAGAAGCUCACCCCAUCCACCGGCUCUGAAGUAACAGGUGUGCAAUUGAGCAAGUUGAGCGAUGCUGGCAAGGAUCAGCUCGCCUUGCUCGUGGCACAACGCAAGGUUGUUGCGUUCAGGGACCAGGACUUCGCCGACUUGCCAAUCGAGAACGCUCUGAAGUUCGGAGGAUACUUUGGCCGCCACCAUAUCCAUCCCACGUCCGGGUCACCGGAAGGCUUCCCGGAAAUCCAUCUUGUCCACCGCAACAACAACGCCUGGGAGUUCGAUGAGUACCUCGCUGCAAAGAAUAGUAGUGUUUCCUGGCACUCGGACGUCACAUACGAGAAGCAGCCACCAGGCACCACCUUCCUAUAUGCCCUCGAUACACCAGAGGUUGGAGGCGAUACUGCCUUCGUGAACCAAGUCGAGGCAUAUAAUAGGCUUUCGCCCGCGCUCAAAGAACGUCUGCAUGGCCUGAAAGCUGUGCACUCGGGAGUUGAACAAGCAGAGAACAGCGCAAGCCGCGGAGGAGUCGUCCGUCGUGAGCCUGUACAGAGCAUCCACCCUCUCGUCCGGACGCACCCCGUGACUGGCGAGAAGGCCCUUUUCGUCAACAACGGUUUCACUCGCCGUAUUGUGGGAUUGAAGACAGAAGAAAGCGACGCCCUUCUUGGCUUCUUGCUCGCCCAUAUCAGCCGCGGAAUUGAUUAUCAGGCUCGCGUGCGCUGGGCUCCAAAGACAGUCGUAGUCUGGGACAACCGGGUCACAGCUCACAGUGCGAUUGUUGACUGGACAACAGGCGAGCGCCGGCACUUGGCUCGCAUCACCCCCCAGGCUGAAGCACCGUUUGAAACCCCAUAUGUCCCUGAGAAGGAACCACAGGCUUGA